CCCCAGUGUAAGAUCCCCCGUUCCUGAACGCGUGCGGGGAACUAGACCCUCGAUGCAGAACUAGAUACACAACUUUACCACACCCCCACACACUCAGUCGCCCGUGUUGAGCAUCGCGCUGACGCGCUGCAUGAUGUAGUCCUGGGCCGGGUCGUAGGGCAUGUCCUUCGACGGCAUCUCGAGCACCGUCGGGAUCGUCUUCGAGUAGUCGUCGAGGAGGUGGCGGAUCUGGGCCGCGACGUGCUGGUUCACGAGCACGAUGCCGACGUCGUCGCGGUUCGUGAACUCGAGGAAGGCCUUCUCGAUCUGCGGGAGCGGCGUGCCCUCCUUGACCACGAGGAAGUUGCUAGACUCGGCCGUGCGGUGGCCGACGCCCGCGAGGACGAAGCCCGUGACCGUGUCCUCGUCUCCAAUGAUAGCGAUGAGCUUGCCGUCGCCGCCCACGAGGCCCGCCAUUUGUAUAUUGCUCCGCGCCGCGCCGGGGGGUCGCGACUCGCUGGCUGCUGCUGCUCCUCCAGUCGCUGGCUGCUGCUCCGCCAAUGCCGAGCCAAAAUCCGUCGGUUUUGAUACCGCUGGGCGUUCACCGCUAAUAUUACUAGUCCAAAGUGCAAGCAGCGCGCGCCGGCUGUCUACGGUGUAAAAUGCCCGACUUUUUGUG